AUGUCUGCUAGCUCCGCUUUCAAUGAUGAAAAAGGGGGCUCCUCGAAUGUCGGGGAGCCCGAAUAUGGCCACGACCCGGCCAGCGGAGGGAUUUUCUCCUCCGACUACAAAAGACAUGAUGACUUGAAAGAGAUGCUGGACAGCAACAAAGACUCCCUGAAGCUGGAAGCUAUGAAGAGGAUUGUGGCUAUGAUCGCCAGAGGGAAGAAUGCCUCAGACCUCUUCCCAGCAGUGGUGAAGAAUGUGGCCUGCAAGAACAUCGAGGUGAAGAAGCUGGUCUAUGUGUACCUGGUGCGCUAUGCUGAGGAGCAGCAGGAUCUGGCUCUGCUCUCCAUUUCAACCUUUCAGAGAGGCCUGAAGGACCCUAACCAGUUGAUCCGGGCCAGUGCUCUGCGUGUGCUCUCCAGCAUCAGAGUAACCAUUAUUGUCCCUAUCAUGAUGCUGGCCAUCAAAGAGGCUGCCUCCGACAUGUCCCCCUACGUGAGGAAGACGGCCGCUCACGCCAUCCCCAAACUCUACAGCUUGGACCCAGAGCAGAAGGACUGUCUGAUUGAGGUCAUUGAGAAGCUCCUGGCUGAUAAAACCACACUAGUGGCAGGUAGUGUUGUCAUGGCCUUUGAGGAGGUGUGUCCUGAGCGCAUAGACCUGAUCCAUAAGAACUACCGUAAGCUGUGUAACCUGCUGAUCGACGUGGAGGAGUGGGGUCAGGUGGUCAUCAUCAACAUGCUCACUCGCUAUGCCCGGACGCAGUUCCUCAACCCCAACAUGAACGAAUCCCUGUUGGAGGAGGGGGGUGGAGAGAAGGCCUUCUAUGGCUCUGAUAAUGAUGAUGACACCGAUGAUGAGGAAGACAAAGAGGAGAAGGAGAAGAAGAAGACUGAGGCGACUGCCAUUGUCAAGAGGAAGCCUUACGUCAUGGACCCAGACCACCGGCUACUGCUGAGGAAUACCAAGCCCCUACUGCAGAGUCGAAACGCAGCAGUGGUGAUGGCUGUGGCUCAGCUAUAUUUCCACCUGGCACCCAAAGCGGAGGUAGGCGUCAUUGCCAAGGCUUUGGUGCGCCUCAUGAGGAGUCACAGUGAAGUGCAAUAUGUCGUCCUUCAGAAUGUGGCAACGAUGUCCAUCAAGAGAAGGGGGAUGUUUGAGCCCUAUCUGAAGAGCUUCUACAUCCGCUCCACAGACCCAACCCAGAUUAAAGUCCUCAAGCUGGAGGUUUUGACCAAUCUGGCCAACGAGACAAACAUAUCUACCAUCCUGAGAGAAUUCCAGACGUACAUUAAAAGCAAUGAUAAGGACUUUGUGGCAGCCACCAUCCAGGCCAUCGGCCGCUGUGCGACCAACAUUGGGGAGGUGAGGGACACCUGUCUCAACGGCCUGGUGCAGCUGCUCUCCAACCGCGAUGAGUUAGUAGUGGCCGAGUCGGUGGUGGUGAUUAAGAAGCUGCUGCAGAUGCAGCCCGAGCAGCACAGUGACAUCAUCAAGCACAUGGCCAAACUCACCGACAACAUCCAGGUGCCCAUGGCGCGGGCCAGUAUCCUGUGGCUGAUCGGGGAGUACUGUGAGCACGUUCCCAAGAUCGCUCCGGAUGUCCUGAGGAAGAUGGCCAAGACCUUCACCAACGAGGAAGACAUCGUCAAGCUGCAGAUCAUCAACCUGGCUGCCAAACUCUACCUGACCAACUCCAAACAGACAAAACUGCUCACUCAGUACGUGCUGAACCUGGCCAAGUACGACCAGAACUAUGACAUUCGCGACCGGGCGCGCUUCAUCCGCCAGCUCAUCGUGCCCACUGACAAGAGUGGUGCCCUCAGCAAGUAUGCCAAGAAGCUGUUCCUGGCCCUUAAGCCUGCGCCCGUCCUCGAGUCUCCAUUUAAAGAUCGAGACCACUUCCAGCUGGGCUCGUUGUCCCACCUACUGAAUGCCAAGGCCGGCGGCUACCAGGUGCUGCCCGACUGGCCCGAGGCCGCCCCAGACCCCUCUGUGCGCAACGUGGAGAUAGAGGAGGUCAUAACCAGCAGUGAGGGGCGGAUCGGCUUGCUAGGAGACAGGCGAGAGGUGCCGGAGUGGACCAAGUGCAGCAGCCGUGAGAAAAGGAAAGAAAAGAAGGCGGACAAGCCAUUCUACUCUGACUCGGAGGGCGAGUCUGGCCCGACCGAGUCUGCUGACAGUGACACAGCCAGCGGCUCAGAGAGUGGCGGUGGCAGUGAGGAGAGCGGCUCGGGAUCCGAGAGUGAGGAGAGCAACGAGGAGUCUGAGUCUGCAAGCGAGGAGGACGAGGAGGAAGAGGGGAAGAAGAAAAAGAAGAAUGUGGAGAAGAUCAAAGCAAGAAAACCUGUUCCAGAAAGUGAAAGUGAGCAGAGCAGUGGAGAGGAUGAGAAGAAGAGCGAGAAGAAGAGCAAACCGCGGAUUGGUAGCACAGAGUCAGAAUCCGAGGAGAACGGCGAUAGUGAAUCAGAGAGCAGCGAGUCAGAGGAGGAGGAGUCAGAAGAGGAGUCAGAGGAGGAGACCAAGAAGAAAAAGAAGACCACAGCAUCUAAACCUCCAUCCAAACCACCCAAAAAAGAGAACAAGAAAGAAAAGAAAGAAAUGUCUCUGCUUGAUUUUGAUGACUUUGACCCCGCUCCAUCUCCGUCUCAAGUCACGCCCCUCAACAACUUCCUGUCCAGCAGCCUAGUGACAGAUCUGGAGGGCUUGUCCCUGACCGACAACGUUCUGUCACCUACGACCAUCGUCCCAUCCGGCAACCUGAAGACCUAUGAGCUGCUCCACCGUAUCACCGGCGAGGGCCUGUCAGUGGAGUACUGCUUCAGCCGCCAGCCGUUCAGCCCCGACCCACACAUGGUGGCAGUCAAAAUCCAGUUCAUCAACAGCGCCACCUCCGAGGCCAAGAGCCUGCACAUGGAGGACACCAAGUUGCAGUCAGGCAUGAGGAUCAAAGAGUUCCCUGAGAUCGAGGUGUUACCUGCGGGUGAGACUCUUAGCGUGGUGAUGGGCAUCGAUUUCUGUGAUUCCACACAGGCGGCCAACUUCCAGCUCUGCACUCACACCAGGAAGUUCUUUGUGUCGAUCCAGCCACCGGUUGGAGAGCUGAUGAUGCCAAUCUUUAUGACAGAAAAUGAGUUCAAAAAGGAGCAAGGUCAGUUGAUGGGCAUGAAUGAGAUCACAGAGAAGCUGACCCUGGAGGAGAAGUGUCAGGGCGAGCACGCUGUCGUUCAGAGGGUUACCGCUGCCGCCAACCUCAGCCGAGUGCCCUGUGGCUCAGACAAGGAGUGCAGGUUCGCUGGGAAGACGGUGACCAGUGGCAGCCUUGUACUGGUCAGUGUGGUCACCAAAGAGGAUGGGGCCGCCCAGCUGACGGUCAACUGUGAGAAAAUGGUGAUUGGCACGAUGCUGGUCAAGGACAUCCUUCAGGCCCUCACCCAGUGAUGACCCCUGACCCCAGCAAUUUCCUUCCUCUCCUACAGCUCGGUUCUGUCUCCCUUUGCUCACUCACAUACAUACAACCACACAUUCAUCCACUCCCAUUCCAAAUACCCCCAUACUUAGGGUCCUCUUUCUCUUCCUUAAGAUACUGGUAGUCUGAUAAGAAUAUGUAGAAGACAGGUUUGAUCCAUCGCUCAAUUGAUAUUCUGCAUGUAAUGCAGGUUUCAAACAAAUUAUGAUGAUUUUUUACUUAUACGAGAGACGCAAAUCUGGGGGAAAUAAUAGGCCCCACUUUGACUUUUAAAAUCACUUCCUACGAACUGUCAUAACAAAUUACAGAAAGGCAUUACUGUACACGAUUUGUAAAGACAAUAAGUCAUUAAGAAUCAUCCCACUGAUCAAAUAAAAUCUGUGACGGCGUUGAAUCAACAUGGAAAACUGAUUGGAUUUGCAAAAAGUAAUCAACGUAAGGGAAUUUUGUUAUUUUUUUCACCCAACUUUUAACCUACAUU